AUGUAUGAGGGUCCUAAGGUACCCACCAAAACCAUAGAUGGUUUGCUAGUACCCAAACUUAAGAGUGAGUGGACUAGUGCUGACUAUAAAGACAUUCAAUUAAAUGCCAAAGCUGUUAAUAUGUUGUGUUGUGCACUUAAUGCUACUAAGUUUAACAGAAUAUGCACUUGUACCACAACUAAAGAAAUUUGGGAUAAACUUGUUGUAACUCAUGAGGGAACCACUCAAGUUAAAGAAUCUAGAGUGAGCUUACUUGUUCAUAACUAUGAGCUCUUCAAGAUGAAACUAGAUGAGAACAUAUCCCCAAUGUUCACUCGCUUCAUAGAUAUUACAAACAGUCUUAAAUUUCUUGGAAAGACUUACACUAAUACAGAAAUUGUCAGAAAAGUCCUCCGAUCAUUGUCAAAAAAUUGGGAGAACAAAGUUAUUGCAGUGAUAUAA